UAGAGAGCAGUGGAGCUCUCUGGUACACUUAUGAGAGUUUAAUAGGACAGUGUGAUGGAUCAGUGCUUUUCCUUUUGUCAGUCAUACGCUAAUGAAAGACAACAACAGAUUUAACAAGGACAUUAUCAUGAGCUUUUGACUCCACUUAACCUCUCAAUGACAUUGUUCUCUCCUUCUUUCGCUCAGUCGCUUGCGUCUGAGGUUCUUCUCUCAGUGGGCUCAUCUCGUGUGGUUAUAUUCGAGGGGGGGCCUCAGCCCUGGCCCCCGGCCCCCUUCCGUUUUUAUAGUGACAUCGAGGUGCUUCCAACAGGGAGUGUUACCGUGGAGGCACUGAGUCCGGCCCAAGCAAGGACACCUCGACAUGCGUAUCAGGUCAUGUGCACCUCCGUGGGAAAACAGUGGUUGGUCUUUAGAUGUGGUAAUACUCCAGGACCGUUCAACGAGAUUCCCGCAGUCGAGGAGAGCAGAGUUCAUGUGGCGUGUGGCAUCCCCGCUAGUCUCUCUCUCUCUCUUCUCUCGUCAACCACCUCCUCCCCGACCUCACCUUCAUCCAUCCCUCUAUUCUCCCAUCACUAUUCCUGCACUCAGCCUCAGUACCCCUGUGGACUGGUGUUUGAAGAGAUGCAAUUAACAACAGGAACCCUGGGUUCCAUCCUCAUGUCUCCCCUUUCUCAGUACACCCUGCAGAGCAAUAAGUGA